GAAAUGAAGAACCAUACAAGAAAUAUACAGUUUAUCCUUCUGGGACUGACAGAUAAUUCUCAGCUACAAAUUGCAAUUUUCUUAUUUCUACUUCUAAAUUACAUAUUGAGUGUGGCAGGAAACUUAAUCAUCAUUUCCCUCACCUUGCUAGAUGUCCAUCUCAAAACCCCAAUGUAUUUCUUCCUCCGUAAUUUCUCCUUACUUGAAAUUUCAUUCACAACUGCUUGCAUUCCCAGAUUCCUCAUUACCAUUGUAACUAGGGAAAAGACAAUUUCCUAUAAUGGUUGUAUGUCUCAGCUGUUUUUUUACAUAUUCUUUGGAGGUACAGAAUUUUUUCUUUUGGCUGCUAUGUCUUAUGACCGAUAUAUUGCCAUCUGCAAACCUUUGCAUUAUAUCUCCAUCAUGAGCAACAAAGUUUGCCAUCAGCUUCUCCUGAGUUCCUGGGUAACCGGAUUCCUAGUUAUUUUCCCUCCACUGAUAUUAGGUCUCAACUUGGAUUUCUGUGCUUCAAAUAUUAUCGAUCAUUUCAUUUGUGAUGUCUCUCCUGUCCUACAACUUUCUUGCACAGACACACGUUUGCUAGAAUCCAUCGCCUACUUCUUAGCUGUGAUGACACUCCUUGUCACAUUACUGUUAGUAAUCCUUUCUUACUCUCACAUCAUUAAGACAAUUCUAAAGUUUCCUUCUGCUCAGCAAAAGAAAAAGGCUUUUUCCACCUGCUCUUCCCACAUGAUUGUUGUCUCUAUCACCUAUGGAAGCUGCAUAUUUAUCUACAUAAAGCCAUCAGCAAAAGAAAGAGUUACUUCAAGCAAAGCCAUAGCUGUGCUCAACACUUCAGUUGCCCCUUUGUUGAACCCUUUCAUUUAUACUCUGAGGAAUCAGCAGGUCAAACAAGCUUUCAAAGAAGUACUUAGAAAGAUGUUUUCUUAUUUAGAAAAGUAG